CAGCGCUCAGACACAAGAGGGAGAGCUGGGGAGGCAGCUGCUGUGUGAGCUAUGAGCAGGUAGAGCGAGAACAGGCAACAAAGGGAGAGGUGGGGGGAGAGAGAGAGAGAGAGAGAGAGAGAGAGAGAGAGAGAGAGAGAGAGCAAAAGCAGAGGGAAAGGAGGGAGGAAUGGAGUCUUGUCUCUUCACCUGAAGAUUACUUUGUCUCUCACUUCUCUCACCCUGAGCGCUGGAAGGAGCAGCGAGGAGGGAGCAGAGUUGAUCAGGAGGUGCCAGCUCUCGCUCUCACUCUCUCUAGUCUUUUUUCCCCCCCUUUUUUCUUCUGCAGGGGGUGGGGGGGGGGGGUCAGCUGGACUUCUCUGCGAAAACCCCGGUGAUCAGCCUCCACUGGAAAGAGAGAGAUAGAAACCGACAGCGCGUCAAGGAGAGAAGACUAAUAAAAGAAGUGAGAAAACUGCAGUCAAUUGCGCUGGCUGCAAGGGAGGAGAAGUUUCACUAAAAAUCUACUACUGAGACCUUUUAAAAAGGACGCCAACAGUAGCACCUGGAAACAACUGCACUUGUGAAGAAAGAAGAAAACAGUCUUUAUAAAUACUACUCUGUGCUUGACAAUGGGAGACCGAUUACAUUUUCCAGCAGUUGCCAGCGCCUUGCUCCCUGUGGCCCUCUGCAUUUUGGCCCUUCUGCCCCACGGCCUUCUGGGAAAACCCGAAUCUGCAGGCAGCUCAGCACUGCUGCAGAGGGUGAAGAGAGGCUGGGUGUGGAACCAGUUCUUUGUCCUGGAGGAGUACACUGGACUGGAACCACUUUAUAUUGGAAAGCUCCACUCAGACAUGGAUAAAGGCGACGGCUCGAUUAAGUACAUCCUGACAGGCGAGGGCGCGGGUACCACCUUCACCAUCGAUGACAGUACGGGGGACAUCCACGCCAUUCAGAGGCUGGACCGGGAGGUGAAGGCCCAGUACGCUCUCCGUGCCCAGGCCCUCAACCGCCUGACAGACAGGCCUCUGGAGCCCGAGUCCGAGUUCAUCGUCAAGAUCCAGGACAUCAACGACAACGAGCCAAGGUUUCUGGAUGGGCCCUACCAGGCGUCUGUACCCGAAAUGUCCAACAUAGGAACAGCUGUGAUCCAGCUGACCGCCACAGACGCCGACGACCCCACGUAUGGCAACAGCGCUCGUGUGGUCUACAGCAUCCUGGAGGGCCAGCCUUACUUCUCAGUGGACGCCAAGACUGGCAUGGUCCGUGUGUCCCUGGCAGACAUGGACCGGGAGACCAGAGAAAACUACACUGUGGUCAUCCAGGCAAAGGACAUGGGCGGACAGCUGGGGGGACUCGCUGGUACCACCACUGUCAACAUCAGGCUCGGCGACGUCAAUGACAACCCGCCCAUGUUUGACCAAAGGCUGUAUCAGAUGAGCAUCCCAGAGUCGGCUCCGGUGGGUUCAGUGGUGGGUCGUAUCUGGGCAAAGGACAGGGACAUCGGGGUCAACGCUGAGAUGAAGUACAGCAUUAUCGAUGGAGACGGGAGGGACACCUUUGAAAUCAGCACCGACCCCACCAACCUUUUCGGCAUCAUCACAGUGAAAAGGCCACUGAACUUUGAGAGCAAGCCCAGUUAUACUCUGAAGGUGGAGGGCGCCAACACCAAACUGGACCCGGCCUUCCGCCACCGCGGGCCCUUCAAGGACGUCACCAUUGUGCAUGUGAGCGUGGAGGACGUGGACGAGCCCCCGCUGUUUGACUCGGUGGCGUACUUCAUCGAGCUGUCAGAGGACGCUGAGAUCGGGACGGUGGUGAAGACGGUGUCGGCGAGGGACCCGGACGCUGCCAACAACACUGUGAGGUAUUCCAUCGAGAGGUCCAGCGAUCCCGACAAGUUCUUCUACAUCGAAAUCACUUCCGGGUCGCUGAUGACGGUGCGUUCGCUGGACCGAGAGGAGAUCGGCUGGCAUAACAUUACCGUCCUCGCCAUGGAGAUGAAUAACCCCACUCAGAUCUCAAGCGUGUCGGUGGCUGUGAGGGUCCUCGAUGUCAACGACAAUCCCCCCUCGCUGACGCACUACUUGGAGGGUUAUGUGUGCGAAAACGCCAAAGCAGGACAGCUGAUCCAGACGGUGACGGCGGUGGAUCCGGAUGAGCCGCUGGGUGGACAACACUUCUACUACAGCUUGGCUCCGGAGGCCGCCAACAACCCCAACUUCACCCUGAGAGACAACCAAGACAACACAGCGUGGAUCCUGACGCGGCGAGGAGGCUGGGCGCAGCAGGACCAGACCGUCUUCUACUUGCCCAUCUUCGUGUCUGACGGUGAGCAGCCGGUGCAGACCAGCACCAGCACGCUGACCAUCCGCGUGUGCAGUUGCGACCACGAGGGCAACGUCCUGUCGUGCAACGCCGAGGCGUACAGCCUGCCCGCCAGCCUCAGCAGAGGGGCGCUCAUCGCCAUCCUUGCCUGCAUCUUCGUCCUGCUGGUGAUGAUCCUGCUCAUGCUCUCCCUGCGCACCCAUCGUAAGAAGCCCUACCUCUGCGACGAGGAGGAGAACGUCCAUGAGAACAUUGUGCGCUACGACGACGAAGGCGGCGGCGAGGAGGACACAGAGGCCUUCGACAUCGCCGCCAUGUGGAACCCUCGCGAGGCGCACCAUCACCCGGGCAAGAUGAGACAGGACAUGGUUCCUGAGAUCGAGAGCCUGUCGCGCUAUGUGCCUCAGGUGUGCGUCAUGGGCGGCGGCAGCGGCGGAGACAGCAACGUUCACGGAUACGUACUGGCGAAGCUCCUGGACGCCGACAUGGACCCGUGCGCCCCGCCCUACGACUCCCUGCAGACCUACGCCUACGAGGGGGAAGGUUCGGUCGCAGAGUCGCUUAGCUCGCUCCAGUCGGGGACGUCCAACACGGACCACGAGUACGACUAUCUCAACGACUGGGGGCCUCGCUUUAAAAAACUGGCCGAGAUGUACGGCGUGCUGGAGACAAACGCUCCACCGAUGUGGUAGAACAUCAGAGCCUUUGCCUUUUUUUUUUUUUUAAAUCUGAGAACAAUUACGCCGACAAAGAGAGACACAAACAUCAGAGACAAAAACGCGGUGCACAACAAAAGCCCCGAUGUGCUCGCGUCCACAUCCAUGACUGUUAGCACUUGAAUUCCUGCCGAAAGCCUGGAUUCUCCACAGCAUUGAAGGCCUGGGAUGCCUGCAUCAGCAGCAGCAGCAGUGUGAGCUGGUUUUAAAUCCCCCCCCCAGAGACUGAGGCUGGAUUGGCAGCCUUUGCGAGGCAAUGGCUUCAAAGCACAUGUUUAAGUCCCCUGCCUGACCCAGCCACAGGCAGAGCCUGCUUUGGUUCAAAGAAUGGAGCGAUUUAUGCCAGAGAUGAAAACGACAGAGACCUGACUCACAGCAACACGGGAGACAAACUCCAUACUGCCGAUCUUCAGUGCUUUUCAUAUACGACCCGAGCCACAACUCUGAGCGGGGAGGGGGGGGGAUGAAAGAGAAAAGUCAUCGAUUCUUUUUUCUUUCUUUUUUCCUCUGUGGCAGGUCUUAAUUUAUUUCUUUGUUUCACGUGCCGUAUUUAUACUUUUCGCUAACUUAUUUGGGUACUUCCAACCAACAUUGUACUUCAACUGCCAUGGCCUUGUGAGGAAAUCUUUUAAAGAUCACAAAUAUGUUGUAACAUACAUGAUGUAAAAGCUCUUGUUUUCAUGCAUCUCUACAGUAAAGGACAUGCACAUGAGAGGGCGAUGCUGUAAUCCCAUGUGGGUUUUCCAGGUUGAUAUGUUUAUCGUAUUAUUGUUUUUUGUAUCAUUUUUUGAGCUAUUUGUAUUGUAAAUGUGUUUGGGUUUUUUUUUCCCCAAAAGUGUAAAGCAGUUCAUUAAUAAGAAUGCAAGGGAAGCCAUUUUUUGGGAAGUGGAUAUAUUGCAGCAGGCGGUCAAAUGUCACCCAAGAUGUGGAAGUACGGCCAAGUCGCCUUUCAUUUCGGAUCCAACCACCGUGCCAACGGGAGUCCGACGCCAGCGAGGCUUGAUCUGUCCUGUUAGAGACACUGUGUUGCUUUUUUUCUGCCAACACGCAAAUGUGGCUUAACUCUCCAAUCCUGUGGACUUCAGAGACAUUGAUAAUCUGCAUUAAGUGCCAAAUGUACAACAACAACAACAACAAAAAAAGACAAAAAAAGAUGUUGUGGAUGAAGAAAAAAGAAAAGAAAUCAGCAAAACUCAAACACCAAAAGAUAUAACAAAAGGAUUUUACAAACUGGGAAGAAAGUGAAAGUACAUUUUGAUAAUUUGAUUGGGUAAAAGUUUACUUGAAAUCCAUGUGGUCAGUCAUGCUGCGGUAAGUGGUAUGUGAAUGUAGAUAUUAUUUUGUAUUCUUGGUAAUAAAAAGGAAAGAAAAGAA